AUGGCUCCGGCUCCAGAAAUGAUUGCCCGGGCGAAUCCCGAAGGCCUACACACAUCAGAGCCCAUUGGAGGAACAGUGAUGAGCGUCAUCAUCUGUCUGGUCUCUAUCAGUAUCAUCUCUGCAUUUUUUGUUCAAAGAUGCACAGUAUUGAGAAAUUGGAGGAGGAUACCGUUCGUGGUCUGGCUCGUGCUUGCCGUCUAUAUCGAUUCGUACCUCUUCGUUUUCGUCACAGCGGUUCUCCAAUUCGCCCUCGGAAUCAACAACAAUGUUCAAAUUUGUGACGGCGCCAUUUUACUAUGUCUAGUUUGUUACCUGUCGACAAAAGUCUUGAUCUAUCUCUUCCUUGUCGAGAAAGCACACAUCAUCAGAGGGGCAACAAAACCGAGACUGCAGUCCAAGCUCUAUCUGUUCAACUCUUUUGGCAUGCUGGGCGUCUACGUAGUCAUUGCUAUUCUGAACUUCAUCUUCCGGAUUACACGAAUCGACGAUGGACAGUGUUAUAUUGGAAUGCAAAAGGUUUCGAUGAUUCCGCUCAUCUCCUUCGACGCCGUCGUCAACGUCUACCUCACGAUUCUCUUCCUGAUUCCUCUCAAGCGUCUUUACUCAUUCAAGAACUUCCCCAAAACAACUGCCAACAUCCGACUGAGAAGCGUCGCCCUCCGCACCUUUAUUGGUGCCUUAUGCACGCUCACCAGCAGCAUUGUUAACUUGACCGUACUCAUGGUCCUCAACGGUGAGCCCGGUUGGGUCUGCCUUAUGUGCUGUAACAGCGACAUCCUUUUCUCUGCUAUUGUUGUACAGUGGGUGACUUCAAAGGACAACCAAGCCACCAUUGGCUCGUCAAGCGGCAAUUCCAGAGGCGAGCCAUUCGUCGAAGAUUUCCGCCGUCAGGAUGGAGCUCCUUACUCACCGCACAUCGCAUCGAGCCAGAAGCACGUCAUGGGCGAUGUGGGCGAGAUACCUUUGAACAGCCGACGCUCUAACUCUGCGACCAGCGACAAGGUAUCGUUAGAGGCGGAAAGUAUGCGCAGGGCAUCAUCGGCUGGGUUGGUGCCUGCGAGCGGUGUAUACGUGACAACCACGAUUAAGCGAGAGUCGAAGCCUACGCCAGCCGUUUACGAGAUGGGACACUGA